UUUAUUUCUUAACUCCGUUAUCACAAAGGUGUUGCUGUCAUUCCUGAUUGUCUCAGCCCUUCCCAGUGCAGGGUCCAUCCUGGAGCUGGUUGGCAUUGGCUUUGCCUGACAUGGGGAAAGCUUCUGGCAGCUUCUCACAGAAGCCACCUCCGUAGCCACCCUGUUUCCGAAACUUGGCCACAUACACGUGUCAAAAACGUUCUUUGCUGUUCAUAUACAGUGUGGUAAGGAAGUGGAUUGGGCCUUCAGUUUUGUUUUUGAGAUUUAAUAGGAAUGAAAUGGGAACAAUGAUCCCAUCUACAGUAUCUAAAUUAGCAUAGAGGGAUUAAUUAUUUUUCUGAUCUUGGCAAUAUUGUAGAGUCAAAAUAGCUGCAUCUGGGGACCUCUUACUAAGGAAUACCAAGAACAAAGUCAAUCCCUGUGUAAAUAAAUUGCCAGGAGAAUGUUUUUGAGGCAGAUCUCAAACUAUCCUUUACCCAGCAUCUGUGUCUCUGAUCUUAUGUCACCCUUUGUAAUCCACAUUAUUUCCACUCCUUCACAAUCAGUACAACAUGACUUGCAUUUGUGAGCCUUAAGUUCUGAAAUCCUGUUUUUGCAGAUGAGCACCCCAGCAGCUUUAUGAACCUGUGUACUCCAUGUUGCAGUGUCUGGGUCACACAGUCUGUCUUUGGGGGUGCUGGACACGUAAGCUGUCCCCCUCAGGAAGCCAUGGCAGUUACUCCAGCAGCAAAGCUGUGCUUGUCAUUCUGUGUGCUUCUCUUUCUCAACACAGGCGCUUUGAUUACCGUCCAAAAGCUGAUCCUUACUGCCAAGCUCGUUACACCUUCUGUCCCACUGGCUCUGCCAUUCCCGUUAUGAAAGAAGAGGAUGUCAUUGAAGUGUAUCGAUUACAGGCUCCAGUAUGGGAAUUCAAGUAUGGGGACCUACUAGGACAUCUGAAAAUCAUGCAUGAUGCUGUGGGUUUCAAGAGCUCUCUAACAGGCAAAAACUACACAAUGGAGUGGUAUGAGCUCUUCCAACUUGGGAACUGCACAUUUCCACAUCUGCGGCCUGGCAUGGAUGCACCAUUCUGGUGUAACCAGGGAGCUGCCUGCUUUUAUGAAGGAAUAGAUGAUGCACACUGGAAGGCAAAUGGAACUUUAGUUCUUGUGACCACAAUAUCAGGAACCAUGUUUAAUGAAAUGGCACAAUGGGUAAAAUACGACAAUGAGACUGGCAUUUACUACGAGACCUGGACAGUUCAAGCAAGUCCCGACAAAAGGUCAACAGUGUGGUUUGACUCCUAUGAGUGCUCCAAGUUUAUACUGAGAACCUACCAGAAGCUAGCUGACUUAGGAGCUGUAUUUAAGAAGAUACAAACAAACUAUACAAGCAUAAUUUUAUUCAGUGGAGAACCUAUUUAUCUGGGGAAUGAAACAUCUAUUUUUGGACCAGGAGGAAACAAGACACUGGCAGCAGCUAUACGAGACUUUUACAAUCCAUUUAAACCUCAUCAGAGUGUCAGAGAGUUUAUUGUGGAUCUUUUCAAAAUAAUUGAUCAUGUCAUCUUGAAUCAUCAGUUUUACCUCUUCUACAACUUGGAAUACUGGUUUUUACCUAUGAAGUCCCCUUAUCUCAAAAUAAUUUAUGAAGAGGUCCCUUUGCCUGUUGGACACAAAGCAUCCUUUGGUGUAUGACUGCCUAAUGAAGAACAAAACAUGCCUUUAUGGCAGAAUAUUCUUAAGGAUUUUGGAGCGCUACCAUGAUGGUGUUAAAGGGUUGUAUGUUUCACUGCUGACUAAAACAUUGUGUUGGGAAGGCUUUGCUCUACCAGGUGAAAGACUCUGCGUUUGUUUUCAUACUACCUGUGUAACACAUUCUUGAAUGCUUCAGCAUUGCUGACCUGGCCAGCUUCUGUGUAAGCAUGGCCCCUGCUGCGUGAAGGGAGACUGCAGUGGCUCCUCUGGCUGAGCUCUGCAGUGCCAGAGGGGGAAUGGGGAGGCAGCUGCCUGCUCUGGGCUCAGGUGCUCUCCACAUGCAUGGCCACUGGCAGCAGAUAGCAGCUCGCCACCAAGAGAGGUGGGACACAAGUGACAAGGACUAACUCACUCAACAUGAGUGUCUUGAUGUGCCCAGUUCCUUCAACAUGUGCCUUACACUGAUGUUCCUGUAGUUCUUUGGUUUGUACAGCUGGGACCUGUGAACUAUUCUCUGGUAUUCUGGGGCAAUGAAUGUACAGGAGGAUGGCAUGGGUGACGCUUUUUCACCACUUUGUUUCCUUCAAAUGCACUGUAAACACAAUACAGGUGGCUCUUCUUCAGUUUCA